GGCAACCAUGCCGACAGCCAGCUGUGCAGCAUGCGGUCAAGAAGAAUGCAGCAAGGUCAGAAAUUGCGAUCAUUUCAUGUACAUAUCUUCUUUCUCAUGCGCUGCCCUCGUUGUCAGUGUUGCGCCAAGUGCCAGCGGGUCUGCUACUGCUCGAAGGUCAGCAGAGAGAUCUUUAUCUUCGCGACGUCGGCAUCCAUCCCUCUUUUGUCUGCGCAGGAGUGUCAGGUCGCUCAUUGGAAGGCAGGGCACAAACACGAGUGCGGCGGGAUGAAGCAGGCCACAGAAGGAGCCACACCUGCAGCUGACACAUCUACUGAAGCGGCCUUAUCAAAGGAACAGCCUAUCUGCAGCAUCUGCAAGGAGAACAAGGCGGCCAUGGUUGGUGCCAUCGAUGUUUGAGUGUGGCUGGACCAUUGCUGUUUCCUUGUGAGUGAGUUUGUGUGUGUGUGUGUGUGUGUGUGCAUCAGCGUGUCAAGUGUGAGGUGUCUGCUGGCGAUGCGACAGAGUCCGACACGCUCGACAUAUGCUCAGCGGUGAGAUGUCUGCUGCCGCACAAGACGGCAGCUUCUUGUUUGUUCUUGUGUGCAUGCUCUUGUUUCUGCAGGAGUGUUUGGGUGUGAUAGAGGAGGCGACAGCCAAGAUGAUUGAAAGCCAGACGCCCGGCUGGUCGCUGCACCUCGAGAAGUGCGCCGUGUGUGAAGAGCCCGCCACUGUGGUAAGACCUGCACGGACGCAGCACUCAUCGACCUGCUCUUGUGAUGUUGUCGUAGCGUCGCUUUGGUGUGUCGUGUGACGCUGACAGUGGGCAUGUCGUGUUCGACUUCGAGGACUACUGCUCUGACGUGAGAAAACGCACACUCAUAUCGACAGCUUGGGGAUGGUCUGUGUGUAUGUCCAUGUGCAUGAAUGCAUUGAUGCAGGGUUGUUACAAGAUCGACUGUGACCUAGCGCAGAAGGACAUACGGCGCAUGCACCGGGGCGGCGGCUCUAACAUGGGCGGGCCGGACAUCCACACAGACGAGAAUGGCCGAAUCGCCGACUUGCUCAACAUGGCAAAAGCAGGUACCGUUCAAGAGCCACAAAAAAGAAAUGCGGUGAUCUCUGUGUCGUGCAUGCAGGCCACGUGAUAGAGCUGCGCUUCAAGUCUAACAUCACCAAUCUGACCCACCGGCUGUUCCACCAGGCGGCAGCCGUCUACACGGGGGCGCAGCGUGUGAUCGACCAAGACGCAUCACGUGCACAUGCCGACAUCGAGCAGCUGGUGGCCGACCUCAAGACCCGCAUCGCCAGCCUCGAGACAGACCUGCCGACUAACCGCGGGAUAUUCAGUGAGUAUGGCGAGGUAAGUGCCCACUGUGGUGCACACCGAGCAUUUGAGUGCGUGUUGCUCAUGCAGGCGGUGCUCGAGUAUGCUCUCCUGAGCAACUUCUUCGGCUGGAUGGACAGCGGGGCGUAUGAGCUUGUGCUGGCUGGUGUGUCGAGUGUGAAUGCCGUCGUCGACACCAAGGCAGAUGAGCUGGUGUUCGUGCUGCUGCCUGGCUGGGACUGUGAGCAGGUGGUAUAUACGUCGGGAGGCUUUUUGCGUCGGUGCGGCGUGUAAGGUCUAAGAUACACGGUGACUGACUGUCACUUGGGUGUACUAGGUCUAUUCCAUGUAUGUGUGUAUGUGCAUAGCUAGAUCAGAUCCGUGCAUUUAUCGGUUGUGCUAUAGUCCUUCGUUUCUGCAUCAGACUUCAGCAAGGAAGUGAAUCAUCUGUCCGUCC